AUGUCGUGGGCCGCCGCUGCACAGAAGGGCAAGGAUGUGACACCGGCAUCCACUGAACCAAGGCGGGUUGUCUUCGCUCCCGCCGUGGACGCUGUGGCGAGCGAUGACGACGAAGCUGGGCGUGCCGGCGCCGGCACGACGAUUCGUCACGCUGUGGGGGCGACGAUCCCUGCGUACCAAAAGGGUCUUCUCGUCCUUGACGCGAAUGCGUUCAUUAAAGGGAUGGACAACUUCAACGACGUGGCGGAUGCACUGGUGACGACGUCGCAGGUUGUCGCGGAGGUGCGGGACCGGGUCGCCCGUGACCUGCUGGGUCGUCUUCCACAGGCCCUACACGUGCUGGAGCCCUCGAAGCAGGCGCUAGCGGCUGUUGUGGGCGUUGCGGGGAAGACGGGUGAUUUGGGAGCCAUGAGUCGGACCGACCUCCGCCUCUGUGCGUUGGCACUGGACUGCUGCAGAGCCGCCGACGCUCUGCAGCCGCCUAUUGAGCCGCGGCAGGCCAUCAUCAACCCUGGUGGCGCGCACGGAACUGAAAUAGUGACGGAAGCCGUGGCGGGCGACGCCGAGGAGGAGGAGGAGGAGGAGGAGGAUGCAGCGGCAGAGGAGGAGGAGGUUGAAGACGAUGCCGACGAUGUCGACGACGAGGGGUGGAUCACCCCGGAGAACAUCCACCAACACCGUCAGGGCGGCGACGGGGCGGUCGGGGAGCGCUUUGACGGCGGCGUUGCGUGCGUCACCUCCGACUACGCGAUGCAAAACACCCUGAAGCACCUAGGGGUCCCCAUUGUGGGGCCGCACGGCAUGCGCAUCCACGAGCUCCGUCAGUGGCUGCUGCGCUGCACCUCCUGCUUCGCCCUCACAACGGACACAACGCGGCAGUUCUGCGGCGCAUGCGGCAGUGGGAACACUCUGAGGCGCGUGCAGUACGUGGUGACGCGCGACGGCAAAAAGCAGCUGUUCAUCAACUUUUCCAAGACCAUCAGCACGCGCGGCACAGUCUACAACCUCCCGAAGCCGCGUGGGGGAAAACGUGGGACUAACCGCUGCCUCGUGCUGCGCGAGGAUCAGUUGGCGCACGUCAUCCGCGGCACGACAUCCGCCAAGCAAAAGGAAAAACACGUGGCAGGCGGCGGCGGCUGCACCAACGAUGACGACUUGGCGGCAUUUGGUCAGGCCCCGAAGCAGCAUAGGCGGGACGUGAAUCAACCGCGCAUGUUCUCCUCCUACCACAAGUACAACGUGAAUGAGAAGAAGAAGGCCCGUGCCUCCAGGCGGAAGUAG